UUCAUUUUUUUCUAGUUAUGCCCAUGUUGAGGGUUAGGCCCAAAAAACCUUUAAAUUCAGAAAUCGUAAUAGGUUUCCAUGCAAAUGGUCUGGCAAGGUUUGAAUUUGGGUUGGCGGCAAUCAACUGUUGUGCAUAUAAAUUGUACCUAUAUAGCGCCGUGAAUGCAUACAGAUCUUCCGUGAAAAACAGCGCCAAAAAAUCAAGGGGAAUAGUUAAAUUUGCUGUUUCCACCUGAAUUCCGGGUUGGGCAGUGAUUGGGGGAAGUAUGGAUCGUGCAGAAUUUGUGGGCUGUCAAUUGGGAUUUGCAAGCACAUCCGGAAGGACACUAUGGGCUCUAUGGGUCGGCGUGCAAAUUCUUAGUGGCUGUGUGACACUACUUGUGCUUGCCACCACACCAGCUUGUACUGCACUUAUGGGACUCGCCACGUCACCAAGUGAUACUGCAGUGCUGGUAUGUAUAAGACCAGGAAGUACUAG